AUGGCUUUGUCAUCAAAAGAGCUCUCGUUGCUUCUGAGGUUUGUCAGAAUAUGUACUUUUAUGCUGUACGCCUUUAUACAUUUAUAUUGUAUUGACAAUGGUUCGGUAUUAUUACUACAAGAGGAAGCCUAAACUAAACCAAUUUUAUUUAUACUGGAUAUCUCUACCAGUUCUAAGCUGUUCUCCAUAGAAGUCCAGUAAGGAUCAUCUCUUAUUGAUCCAGUGUUACUACAGGAGGAAACCUAAACUAAAGUACUAAACCAAUUUUAUUUAUAUUACUGGAUAGCUCUAUCAGUUCUAAACUGUUCUUCCUAGAGGUCCAGUAAGGAUCAUCUCUUAUUGAUCCAGUGUUACUACAGGAGGAAACCUAAACUAAACUAACUUUAUUUAUACUGGAUAGCUCUAUCAGUUCUAAACUGUUCUUCCUAGAGGUCCAUGCAGUAAGGAUCAUCUCUUAUUGAUCCAGUGUUACUACAGGAGGAAGCCUAAACUAAACUAACAUUGUUUAUCCUGGAUAGCUCUAUCAGUUCUAUAUAGCAUAUAUAUUUAUUUUUGUUCUUGUUAGUAUUUUAUCCGAGGACAACCUCUCUCAGUCAUCGUUUGAGGGAAUCGCCUCAACUUUUCAUCACACUUUUCAAAGACAGGACCACUUUCGAGUUGGAUCUGCUUUGGUAUGUGAAUGUCCUAUUGCUGAAUAUAUUCAUUGAUCCUAGCGAGAGGGUGCCCCUCCCCUCAUAUUCUAGCACCAUCUUCCAGGGCUUGAAAUUUGUGGUACUAUCACAGAAUAAAGAUCAGUACCAGAAGGGCCACUCAGCGUGCAACAUGUAGCCAUUUUUUAUGCAAAAAUAUGCAGUUGACUGCAAUAUUGACUCCAGCCAAUACAGUGCGUUUAUUGCCGUGGGAAUAUGUAAUCGACUGGCUAGGAAGAUGGCGGCCAGCGCCUCAGAAAUUUCAAAGCUUCCGACGUAAGUGGCCCUUCUGUGUGGAUCUUUAUUCUGUGGUACUAUCCAGUGGGAUACUAGGAACUUGCAAACUGGUAUCCACCGAACGUUUUGGUGAAUAACUGAGACGUUUUUUUUGGGGGGGUGCCAAAAAUGUAGGGGGUGGUUAGCGACCAGGUUCGUAGCGGCACCAAGCAAGCUGCAGAAGGGUUCUGGGAGCACAGUUGCUAAUGGGGGUAAGGGGGGCAAACUGCAAAGCCCCCAGAAAAUUUUGAGAUUUUUGGUCUUAUUUUGUUCAAAAUCCUUGUUUUUAGUCUUAAUGAGUUCAAAAUCUUUUUUCAAUCACACUAAGUACUGUCAUUUAUGAGGAAUGAGGAAGGGGGUGUAAAUUUUGCUAGGCGGGGUGGGAAACCUUUUUUUUGGGGGGGGGGGUGCCAAAUUUUCCAUCUAUGCCUUGCAGUAUUCACCGCAACUUUGUUAAGUAAUUGUUAAUCAUCGUAGUCAGUACUUCACUCAAAUUAUUUUCUGUUUAUUUGAGUCUCAUAAAAUUUGUGUUAACUUUUUAGAUGCUUCUCUUGCAACAACCUGACCUGCUACCUGCCCCCAGUCAACGAGUCUCCAUCUUGUUUUUGCUUUAUGAAAUGUAUAAGACUGAGCCACCUCAGAACAACCCAUUUGUGACAUUCUUUCUUCAGCUACUG